UGAAAAAAAAAAAGCCCUGCGAAGAGGGGGGCGGGGGAGAGGGGGUCGCCCGGUCGGGGGAGGGAGAGAGAGAAGAGGGGGCGCGAAAAGUAAAGGGGGUGCCCCGCCCCCAUUGACUGCACCUGGCGACCCCCCGAGUUGCUUUUGGGCACCCCCCCCUUUGAACACCCCCCAUCAGUGUUCCAUCCCUUGGGGGAGCCGCCCGAAGACUAGGCCACCCUCGGCGGGCGCGGCUGCUACGCGAGGCCGGGGAUUUUACGGCCUACACUCCCUGCUCGAGGAGGAGGAGGCGCGUCUCCGACACCAGAGCCGGACGCCGCUUCUGCGGUCUCCCCUCUACCCCCCCCCCCCCCCGUCUUCCCCUCAGCCGCACCCCCCCCCCCGUCUUCCUUCCCCCGCGUCGGAGCGGAGCCCGCCGGCCACGCCAGUAGAUAUGAUGGAAGAAUUGCAUAGCCUGGACCCUCGACGGCAGGAACUGCUUGAGGCCAGGUUCACUGGAGCAGGCGUGGCAAAGGGUCCAUUAAACAGUGAAUCUUCCAAUCAGAGUUUGUGCAGUGUGGGCUCUCUAAGUGAUAAGGAAUUGGAGACUCCUGAAAAAAAGCAGAAUGACCAGCGCAACAGGAAGAGGAAAGGAGAACCAUUUGAGACCAGUCAAGGCAAAGUUGUCACUCCAAGAGGGCAUAAAAUUAGUGAUUAUUUUGAGUUUGCUGGGGGAAGCGGUCCCGGAACAAGCCCUGGGAGAAGCGUGCCACCUGUUGCGCGAUCAUCUCCACAGCAUUCCUUAUCAAAUCCCUUACCUCGGCGAGUGGAGCAGCCGCUUUACGGGGUAGAGAGCAGCGCAGCCAAGGAACUGCAGGAGGAGCAUUCUGCUCUGCCAACGCUGGUGUCGGCGAUGCUGGCGAAACAGCGGCUAGAAGGCGAGCAGCUGGCUCAGAGGGGCGUAAGCCUCUGUUUCCCAUUUACUGCGGCCCAGCAGGGCAGCCCUUCCUCAACAAGUUCAGGGAACACGGAGCAUUCCUGCACUUCCCAAAAGCAGAUUUCCGUCCAGCAUAAACAGACGCAGUCUGAUCUCACAGUGGAGAAAAUAUCUGCGCUAGAAAACAGUAAAAACUCUGAUUUGGAAAAGAAAGAAGGAAGAAUAGAUGACUUAUUAAGAGCAAAUUGUGACUUGAGGCGGCAGAUAGAUGAACAACAGAAAAUGCUUGAGAAGUACAAAGAACGGUUGAAUAGAUGUGUAACAAUGAGCAAGAAGCUCCUUAUAGAAAAGUCAAAGCAAGAAAAGAUGGCGUGCCGAGAUAAGAGCAUGCAGGAUCGGCUGCGGCUGGGUCACUUUGCCACAGUCCGGCAUGGGGCCUCUUACACUGAGCAGUGGACGGACGGUUACGCUUUCCAGAACCUCAUCAAGCAACAGGAGAGGAUAAAUUCCCAAAGGGAAGAGAUAGAAAGGCAACGGAAGAUGUUAGCAAAGCGGAAGCCGCCUGCCAUGGGGCAGGCCCCUCCAACGAGCAACGAGCAGAAGCAGCGCAAGAACAAGACCAACGGAGCAGAAAACGAGGCAUUAACGCUAGCAGAAUAUCACGAACAAGAAGAAAUCUUCAAGCUACGGCUAGGUCAUCUGAAAAAGGAAGAAGCAGAGAUCCAGGCAGAAUUGGAGCGGCUAGAGAGGGUUAGAAAUCUACAUAUCAGGGAAUUAAAAAGGAUACACAAUGAAGAUAACUCGCAAUUUAAAGACCAUCCAACGCUAAACGACAGAUACCUGUUGCUACAUCUUCUGGGUAGAGGGGGUUUUAGUGAAGUUUAUAAAGCAUUCGAUUUAACGGAGCAGAGGUAUGUAGCAGUAAAAAUUCACCAGUUGAACAAGAACUGGCGGGAUGAAAAGAAAGAGAACUACCACAAACAUGCAUGUAGAGAAUACCGAAUCCAUAAAGAGCUGGAUCAUCCACGUAUAGUUAAGCUGUAUGACUACUUUUCUCUGGAUACUGACUCGUUUUGUACGGUGUUAGAAUAUUGUGAAGGGAACGAUCUGGACUUCUACCUGAAACAGCACAAGCUAAUGACUGAGAAGGAAGCCCGCUCUAUAAUCAUGCAGAUUGUGAAUGCUUUAAAAUAUUUAAAUGAAAUCAAGCCACCCAUUAUUCACUAUGAUCUCAAGCCAGGCAACAUCCUGUUGGUGAACGGUACUGCUUGUGGGGAGAUCAAAAUCACUGACUUCGGCCUCUCCAAGAUCAUGGACGAUGAUAGCUACAACUCUGUUGAUGGCAUGGAGUUGACGUCUCAGGGGGCUGGCACUUACUGGUAUCUGCCACCUGAGUGCUUUGUGGUCGGAAAAGAGCCUCCAAAGAUUUCAAAUAAAGUUGACGUCUGGUCAGUGGGAGUAAUCUUCUACCAGUGCCUCUAUGGCAGAAAGCCUUUUGGACACAACCAGUCACAACAAGAUAUUCUGCAGGAGAACACAAUCCUUAAAGCUACAGAAGUGCAGUUUCCUCCAAAGCCUGGAGUCACACCAGAAGCAAAGGCAUUUAUCAGGCGCUGCUUGGCAUACCGAAAAGAGGAUCGGAUAGACGUCCAGCAGUUGGCAUGCGACCCCUACUUGCUUCCUCACAUUCGCAAAUCCGUAUCCACGAGCAGCCCAGCCGGAGCUGCAGUCGCCUCAACCUCUGGAUCCUCUAAUAAUAGUUCUUCAAACUGAGCAGAGACAAUAGGCCUGACCAAAAAAAGAAAAGAAAAAUGAUAUCCGGAACUGCAGAAAGAAAAGCGAGAGAGACACAUUUUGAAAAGCGGCCUUGGGAUUGAUGCGACAAUUCUACCAGAUGCCCUUGAGAAACCGGGGUCAAGUGCUUUGUCCUUCCUCUUGCGUUCUUGUUCCAUCCAUCAAGCAAGACAUCAUCGGUUCUUGGCAAGGAUCUGUGGCGACUUAGCCCACGAGGGUGAGGCAGUUGGUUGACCUUUUGCUGAGCAACUACAGAAGCAUGACCUGCUCGGGGCGGUAGAAGGGAAAGGCGGUUCCACAGACUGUGAACUUCUAAACACUGCGGGCCCAAGUUGUGGAUCCACAAUGCCGAGAGCACACGCUUCGUGUGGCAAGUUGUGGACUUGGGGGCAGGGUGGGGGAAGAGGCUGAACUCAGUCCACUGUCAAUAUUUUAAAAAAACAUGUUCUUUUAAAUAAAAUGUUAGGCUCUGUCCCCUUGAAGGGAAGGGGAAAGAAACCACAGAGGUGAUGCAGUGAGAUUCUACUGGGGUACUGGCAUAGGCCUCUCUGUACCCUUUGCAAGGGAGCUGAAGAUCCAGCCUAUUGGCAGCACUAGUAUUAGUGUGUUACCCAAAUAAUUUUUUUCAAGUAACACUUUUUACUGGUUAUAAGGUGAACUAACUAGUAGGUCAAUGUGGCAGCCCCCCCCCCCCCCCCCGGUCUGGCCUUCAUUCAGGGAAGGAGAGCUGUGACAUAGUGCCAAGGUUGUACUGCAACUGCGAGCAGGUAGAUUUCUCUUCCCUGUACUUGCUUCUUGGCGACUAUUUGACAAUUAUUCCCCAUCUUCAGCAGCGUGAAUCUGUCACUUAAACGGGGGUGGGGGUGGGGGGGUGUCUUAAUUUGAUUUCCCUCAUGUGAAAGGAUGGGCUCUUAAACACUCAUGGAUGCUGGUUCGGAUAAAGCUGUCUAGUUAAAUCUCCUCCCUUCUUUUCCCCCCACCCCCAGUUUUUGGUUUCUCUGUCAUCUCAGAUGCUUCGGCUACAGCUGAUAACCUGAAGGAAUCCCAUCACUUAAGAACAAGCUGGCUUUCUGUUCCUGAAAUGUUGGGUGUGCAUGUUCAUCCCUCAAAUGUGUUUUGUUUUUAAACAUAACAACCUGGUUCCUGGUUCCUUCCCUUCUAGAGAAAACAUUCAAACCAAAGACUAAGCCAGUUUCUUGAAACUUGUGGCAGAAUGCUACAUGGCCACUAUCUUUUUGUCUCCUGAAAAUAUUCAACACUGCUGGAUGUUGUUGCCCUCUGGCCAGGACAUCAGUUCUGUACUCACUCCUGAUCCAGCCUCCAUCUUCCCUCCUCAGUUGUCCAUGGGUAGCAGCGUGCUUAGAAACAGCAGUGGCAGGCCAAGGGGCACUUAAGCCCACACGAACCCUUGAAGGGGAGCUAGGAGCGCAAGAGAACCACGAGGAAGCAACCACAGUGCAUGCAUGUACUCACCUCUGGCAACUUUUGCAAAGCAAGUAGGGAGACCUGGAGACAUAAAUGCCCAGAACCCAUAUAUUGUUUGGCCAGUUGUCGAGGCAGUCCCUUCUUCAGGGGGCAUUGAAUAAGAUCUGCCCAAGGAAGUUUGCCAUCAGUACAACUCCUGGCACUAAGAGCGAGAUCAUGAUUUCUGUAUCUUUGUUGUAAUUGUUUAAAUCCUGCUCUGAAAAGGGGCUGUGAGCACCCUGGAGACAGGAGGUUCUCCUUGUGAGUCCAAGGUAUUUCAUGCCUCGGAACCAGGGGAGGAUUGGGGAUGAAUGUACCAUCUUUUGGCUGUUUGUCAGUUCUUCUCCCAGAGGAAUUUCUGAUGCCCAUACCUUUUCUACUGGUUAGAGAGCCUAAAUUUGACUUUGGGCCAGCGAGGGCCAUAAUUCUGAAUUUUCUAGAUUUGUCUUUCCUUCUGGUACAGCACAUUCACUUUUCUGACAUUUUCUCCCCAGCCCAUCGACACAUGGGUUGAUUUGAACAUGGACGGGGAGAGCAUACCACUAGAUGCUUCCCCUUUUCCCACUCAUCCUCCAAUUCUUAACUUGGAAGAAAACCAUCGCCUGUUCUGGUGGAGGGGGGGAUUUAUUUCACCACAAUUGUUCACCAAAAUGCAGCUUGGAACCACAUGAGAACUGUCAGAAAGCAAAGGCUGGUGUCUGUCCUGUUGUAAAGGGUGAGUCCCCCUUCCCAUACCUUUACCUCAGCCAACUUGAAGCCGGGGUUCAUUUUCUUUUUUUUCCCCACCAUCAAUCUAAAGAUGUGCAACCCCGUCCUUAUUCAAGCAUAAACCUUCGGCUUUCCUGCCUUAGAAACCACUCCACAAGCAAAUCUUUGCUUUGGACAAGUUCAAAUGGGCAUCCAUUAGACUCGAUCAUCUAUUGAGAACCGUGACCCUGGGAGUUCACAUUUUCCAACCAUGCCCCACCUAGCUUUUGACCAUGCCUUUUUCUCCCUCUGGAUCAGGGCUUUAAAGAGUUCCCAAGUUCCCACUGGUGCCUCAGCAGGACACAUUAAGCCAGCCUCGGCCGUGUUCUGUAGCACUGACAAGCAAAACAGGUGUAUGCGUCACUUGGGGCAAAAAAAAACAACAAGAUUGCAACUUCCCUCCCCCUUUAUUUUUAAUAAAGCUGUUGCUCAAAUGGGUUUUUAUUUCAAAUAAUCCUUUUUAUUGCCACACAAUUCAUUUUACUGAAAUAAAAGAAAAGUAUGGGUUUGUAACUUGAAACUAGGCCAGACUGUUUUGGCUUUGCCCAACAGAUGAAAAUAUGGAUAUUAAACAAGUUUUAAGAUACUGAA